AUGGGUCCCCGUAAGGUAGUUGAGACUGCUAUAGAGAAUCCCUUCGCAAUUGCACAAGAGCAGUUUGAAGAUCUAGCUGCUCAGCAACUAGAGAUUAAAACAGCUAUGGAGCAGAAGCAUCAGGAAAUGCGUGAAGAGAUGGAUCGCAGACAAGCUGAGCUACUCCUAGUUGUCAAUGCAUUGAAGAGCUCCAUUGAUGGAAUUCAUCUUCAUCAGAGGUCAAAGGAACCAGUUUCUUCUUCAACUUCCAAGGAGGCCAAUCCCUUGCAUGGUGCGGGUAUAUUAGGAUCUAAUCCCUAUUCUAAUGGUAACAAUCGCAGUCAUAAUUUGUUGUUCCCUCGAUUUAAUGGAGAGAAUUUAAAAACAUGGCUGUAUAGACUAGAGCAGUACUUUUCUGUGGAUGACACACCUGUUAAUCAUAGAAUUAGGUUGGUAGCUAUGAAUCUGGAAGAUGAAGCACUAGCGUGGCAUCAGUCUUAUCUGAAAUGUAGGGAAACGACUGUGUUACCUGGUUGGGAUGAGUAUCUGCUGGCACUAACUGAAACAUUUGGGGAUGAUUAUGCUAACCCAAUGAUGGAAUUGAAGCAACUGAGACAAACAGGAACAGUAAGAGAAUUUCAGUUUGCAUUUGACAGGUUACUAUCACAAUGUAAUCUAUCUAAUGAACAAGCUAUUUCGUGUUUCCUGGGAGGACUAAAAGAAGAGUUGAUUGGACCUAUUUUGAUGCAUGAGCCUCAAACUCUUUCUAAGGUAUACAGGUUAGCUAGAUUAGCUGAAGGGACUAUGAAUGCUAAUGCUAGAAAUCAGAAACUGACUGGUAUGUCUAGCAAUGUUGUGAAGAGAGAUAAUUCAAGCCCUAGAAAUGUUACUUCCAAUUACCAGCAGAAUACAAGGCUACCCUUACCUGUUACUAAUACUCAUAGCAACCUUAAGCCUAGAAGGACCAUAUCACCAGCUGAGAUGCAAGCUAAGAGGGCUCAAGGCUUGUGUUUUUGGUGUGAUGAUAAAUUCACACCUGGCCACAAGUGUAAUUUGCCAAAGCAACUAUUUGUGUUAGAAAUGGAAGAAGGUGAACCAGACAAGGGUAUAGAGGUGUUAGAGCAAAGUGAAGAGGAUGGGGGAAGGGAUAAAUGGUCAAAUACAGAAGUGACCACCCCCCUGAUCUCUUUCUGUGCACUAAAUGGGUUGCAAGGAGCUCAAACCAUCCAUGUAGUUGGUUAUCAUGAGAAGAGGCCUAUCCAGAUUUUGUUAGAUGGAGGAAGUACUCACAAUUUCAUAGAUGUUAAUGCUGUGAAGAAGCUGGGUUGUACUGUCAUUCCCACACCUCCAAGUAAUGUCAGCUUGGGUAACAGUUCAGUAGAAACAACUUCUGGUUUAGUCAAGGACUUCAAGUGGAUGAUGAAUGGCACCACCUACUGCCUUGAUCUAAUAGUAUUCCCUGUAGGGAAAUAUGAUGUGGUUUUGGGUGCCUUGUGGAUGAAAGGUUUAGGCCCUAUCACUACAGAUUACACUAAGCUGACUAUGUCAUUUGAUUAUCAGGGUAAACACCAGGUGCUGAAGGGAGUCAAUGAGGAAUGCAAGUUGACUAGUCCUAAAUCUGUGAACAAGAAACAAGGACCUGAUGUUCAGUUCUUUAUGCUGCAGCUACUCCCUAGGGAAGUCAAAGCUGAAGUACAUCCUCACCUUGACUCUUUACAUCUGCCACAGGUCACUGAGAUGCCUGUAGUUUUGAGUGCACUCCUUCACCAGUACCAACAGAUCUUUGCAGAACCAACCACUCUUCCUCCUCAGAGGGGAGUAUUUGACCACAGAAUUCCCCUUCAACCAGGAGCUCAACCUGUCAACCUAAGACCCUAUAGGUACCCUUCUAUGAAGAAAGAUAUCAUAGAGAAGUUGGUGCAAGAUAUGUUAAAUCAAGGGGUUAUUCAGCAUAGCAGCAGUCCCUUCUCUUCUCCUGUGGUAUUAGUGGGCAAAAAGGAUGGAAGCUGGAGGUUGUGUGUGGACUAUAGGGGACUGAAUAGAUGCACCAUUAAAGAUAAGUUUCCUAUACCAAUUAUUGAUGAUUUACUUGAUGAAUUAUCUAGUGCAUCAAUCUUCUCUAAGGUAGACUUAAGAUCAGGCUACCAUCAAAUCAGGAUGGUGGGUGAGGACAUUCAGAAAACUGCAUUUAAGACUCAUAUGGGUCAUUAUGAGUUCUUAGUCAUGCCCUUUGGCCUUACUAAUGCACCCUCCACUUUUCAAUGUUUGAUGAAUCAUGUUUUUCAGCAGUAUCUAAGGAAAUUUGUUCUUGUCUUCUUUGAUGAUAUUCUCAUUUAUAGUGUGAACCUCCAAGAUCAUGUUAUCCAUCUACAGUUAGUGUUUGAUCUCAUGGUGAAACAUCAACUACUAGCUAAGUAUUCUAAGUGUGUUUUUGGGGUCCCUAAGGUUGAGUACUUGGGCCAUUUCAUAUCUGCUAAAGGUGUUGCUACUGAUCCUAGGAAGAUAGUAGCAGUACAAGAGUGGCCAGUUCCAAAAACUCUCAAACAACUAAGAGGGUUCCUUGGACUAGCUGGAUAUUACAGGAAAUUUAUUCAAGGCUAUGGGUGCAUAAGCAGGCCCUUAACAGACCUACUUAAGAAAGAUAACUUCACAUGGUCUGAAGCUGCUGCACAGGCUUUCCUUGAUCUCAAGGUUGCUCUCACAACUGCACCAGUAUUGGCUCUACCUAACUACUCACUACCUUUUGUAGUUGAGACUGAUGCCAGUGGGAAUGGCAUUGGUGCGGUGUUGAUGCAAGCUGGUCAUCCAAUUGCCUACAUUAGUAAAGGGUUGGCUGUUUCACAUGCAGCAUUUUCUGUCUAUGAGAAGGAACUCUUAGCCUUGGUUUUUGCUGUCACUAAGUGGUCUCACUAUUUGCUGGGGCACCACUUUAUUGUUAAAACUGAUCAAAAGGCCUUAAAAUACUUGUUGGAGCAAAAACUCCACACUGAUUCUCAGAUCAGGUGGUUAGCCAAGUUACUUCCUUUUGAUUUUGAAAUUCAGUACAAGAAAGGCAAGGAAAAUGUAGCUGCUGAUUCUCUUUCAAGAAUGUAA